GCGCUUCUAACGCCGUUUGUUUAACAUCCGGUGUGGAGACGGGGUCUCGGCUGGCUUGGCUAACUGUCGCCUUGUGCUGUUAACCCGGGUUUCCAGCGCGUGACAGCGGGACUGGAACAGAACGGAAUGGCCUCCCCUCUCUCCUCCCUGCGCCUCCUCGUCCCUCCUCUCCGCCUGCUGACGGCGGCGAUGUGGCAGGUUGCUCGGCAGCAGAGUGUGAAGCACUAUGGGAUGCUGGAGGACUUUGUCGCCACGGUGACGGAGGCAGUGCCACAGCUGCUGACGGACAGGCAGAGGCAACUGUUGCUGCUUGCUCUGAGGGUCAAGGUGACACUCUCAGAUCCUGAGGACAGAGGCACUCAGCUGGACAGGAAACCCCCCGUCGCCGAGGCAACGCAGUUUGACGAGUGGCACUCGGCGCUGGUCCAUCUGAGCGAUAAAGAGACACUGAGUGCCGCAGAGAGACGGCGCCUCCUGCAGGAAGUGUUUGACCACAGGUUUGACUCUGCCCUCUUGUCCCUGGUGUCUGACUUCCUGUCCAGGGUUGAGCAGCUGUUUCCUGUGCCUGACUUCAAACAGGCAGCGUCCUGGCUCGACACUUUCCCUGCUGGUGUGGAGGACUGCCUGCAGGAGGCGGAGCCUGAGGAUCUGAGGGAGUUGCUGACCAAUCAGAGCUGUUUACAGGGCCGAGCUACCACCACGGUGGGUGGUGACACAGAGAAGACCCUCCUCGCCGCUUGGUCCCACCCCCUCUUCACCAAACUGACCAAUCGUGAGCCGCCUCCUGAAGACCCUGCUGUCCCUGAGGAGCUGGUGAAGGUGGAGGUGGUGGUCAUGACGGAGGACGAGCAGGACCAGGUGGAGGGGGAUGAGGAGGCUGUGAUUGGUCAGAACGUGUCACCUGUCCAGCAAGAGGCAUCCAAUGAGAGUCCAGCAGGGGGCGGCGAUGAACUCGCCAUGACACCUGUGAUGCUGCAGGUGGACCGAAUGAAGGCGUCGCCUGGAAACGCUGCUGUCCAAUCAGAAGACACAGGUAAUGCACACCCACACCCACACACGCACUCAUCAUUUGAUUAUUCAAUUUUCCCGCCUCUCUUCACAGUCGACCAAUCAGGCGUGUCCUGCUCUGAGGUCACAGCUAAUGCCCUGUUCAGCAUUUCCCAUAAUUCACAGCGUGUGGCUCACAAGUGUCCUCAGUGCAGCAAGUGUUUUAUUUACCGCUCGCAGGUGAUCCGUCACCUGCGCACCAACAAGUCCUGCAGCGCUGCCUUGACCUCGGCAGGUGUUUUAAACCUGCAGGAUCAACUGAGCCCUCCUGACGAAGAGUCCCGCCUCCCGGAGCCCCGCCUCCCUGAGCCCCGCCCUGUCAGGUCUCUGUCGUGUUUCCAGUGCAACGCCGUCUUCAAAACCAAACCCGAACUCCUGUCACACCAGCGCAGCCACCGCGCGCGACCCGUGUACCAGUGCGGUCAGUGCGACAAAGAGUUCCACCACCUGUCCAGUCUGACCAAUCACAAGCAGACGCACCUGGUGAGGGGCGGAGUCACCUGCGGCAGCUCCGAUCGGGUGUUGGAGACGACGGCGGCGGCGGAGCGAGACGGCGGCCGCCUGCAGCAGCGUCCGCCUGAACUGACCUGCACCGUGUGCGAGCAGACGUUCAGUUCUCAGACGCAGCUGCUGCGGCACCUGCAGACGCACUCAGCAGAGGGCGCUGCGCCACAGUACACCUGCCGCUUCUGCAGCCAGAGCUUCUCAGGUGUGACGCAGCUCCGUAUCCACCAGCGGUCUCACGCUCAGCGCUCGUACCAGUGCGACCUCUGCAGUAAGACGUAUGGUUCUCUGACCGGUCUCCAGUCUCACCGUGCCGGCCACGGCGCCGAGAGCCGCUUCCUGUGUCCGCAGUGCGGCAAGCGCUUCAAGACGCGGGACGGACUUGAGGGACACCUGAGGACGCACACGGGGGAGCGGCCCUACCGCUGCCCCUACUGUCCCAAAAACUUCACCGCGCUCGCCGGCCUCAACGUGCACGUGCGGCGGCACACGGGCGAGCGGCCGUACGUGUGCACGGUGUGCGGGAAGGGCUGGCCCUCUGGUGGCGACCUGCAGAAGCACAUGAGGACGCACACGGGCGAGCGGCCCUACGUCUGCGCCGACUGUGGGAAGGCCUUCUCCAUUUCCUGUCACCUGACCGAGCACCGCAGGAUACACACAGGUGAGAAGCCGUUUUCGUGUCCAGAGUGCGGUAAGUGUCUGCGGCGGAAGUUCGACCUGAAGAAACACAUGUUGUCUCACGCCAGCAUUCGUCCGUACGCGUGCGUCUUCUGCACAAAGAGCUACACACGCAAAACUCACCUGAGCCGACACCUGCUGACGCACAGCGUGGGCGGAGGAGGUGCUGCAGACGCCGUCGCAGACCACACCUGAAUCACACGUGGGGGCGGAGUUAAUCCUCUGUCGUGUGCGUGCACGGAUUAUCCUACAUGAAAGCUUUCAUAAUAAAAUGUUAAAGUCA